UUUUGCUAUAAAAAGUGAUUAAUAUAGCAAAUGUUACUCACAAUUCCAAUUUUCACAAUACUUUGGUUUGUUUAAACCCAAAUAAAAAUGAAACUUAAAACUUAUAUUCUCCCUGUGCUUUUAGUUCUUCUCAUAUCCUAUUAUGUAAUUGCUGCUGAAACAUCCCAAGAUGAUAAAAAAGCGGAGGAGCCAAAGGAACCGAACCACCACGGCGGAAGAGGCAGAUGGGGAGGGCGUUGUUAUUAUGGCUGCUGCGGCCGUUAUACCAAACGUGGUUGCCAGCGUUGUUGCAAAUCUCAAGAAAGCGAUGAACACGUAGUGACUGGUGAUGAUGACUGGGAAGUUGGUGGUAGCUGGAGAGGUGGAGUUGGAGGCGGUAGCUGGGGAGGACGUGGUGACUAUUGGGGAGGCGGCUGGGGCGGUAGCUACUGUCGAUAUGGAUGCUGUCAUCGUGGUAGAUUUGGUGGAUGCUGUUACUCACUUGCUGAUGCAAAAGCUUAUAAUAAUGAACAUCAUCAAAUCCAACCUUGAAAAGUUUUAUGAGAUCCAUGCACAUGUACGUAGUUAUAAUGAGAGAGUUUUUAUGUAGUUAUAGGAACAAUAAGGAUGCUUAAUUAGCUUAUAAUUU